UUUCAAAGCGUCAGAAAACCUCCACAGGAGCAGCUCCACAGCAGCGCGACAUUCACAGAAAUCAAUACUGGAUGUGGACAACGUGCUCGAGAACACCAGUUCUGUUUUCAGCCUCUUAAAAAAUUCCUUCUGUUAAUAAUAAAAGCUUAACAUAAAAACAAACAAACUCCAAAGUGCCAGUUCCAGAGGAGGACGUGAUGGCUCAGAGGGAGUCACCGGUCGUUUUAAAUGGGACUCAAAUAUCAUACAUUGGACAUGACUCUAAGGACAUCCCCAAUUUUCUUGGUGAGACGUACGGCUCGUUUGCAAGACGACUGGAUCUGAGUUUCAACCAGUUCAGGUCGCUGGCAGGCCUCAAAAUGUUUACUGAGCUGGAAGAGUUGGUCGUCGACAACAAUCUGCUUGGAAAUGACCUCCAGUUGCCCAGGUUACCCAAGCUCCACACCCUGACACUCAAUAAGAACCAACUGACUGAUAUCGAGGCCCUGCUGGAUAACUUGGCUGACGUGACCCCAUCGCUGCAGUACCUAAGCCUGCUGGGAAAUGAGGCCUGCCCCAACCAGCUGGUAAGCCUGGAUAAGGAUGACGACGACUACCAGAGAUACAGGUACUUUGUACUUUACAAGUUACCCCAGCUUAAGUUUUUGGACUCCAGGAAAGUAACAAGAAAAGAGCUAAUGGAGGCACAGGAGAGAGGGGCCUUCAUGAAAGUGGUAAAGCCGAAGUCGGAGGGACUGCUCAAUGAGGCUGGAUCAGAGAUUCGCCCACUGCCCUACACACCUCUGCCACGGGGAUCCAGAGAUGCAAAAAACCACAAAGGGGUAUUUGCCAAGUGUCGCUACAUCUACUAUGGCAAGCACUCAGAAGGCAACAGAUUCAUCCGAAACGAUCAGCUCUGAUGUCCACAAGAAGCUCUCAAAGGGGUCAUUUUUUUUAUUUAUUAAAACCUUGGUGGAUUUAAUUCAUUCACCUAAUCCACUGCUGGAAUAAGAUCCCUUAUAUCCAAAUAUGCUGUUGUUUUUGUGUACAUUGAAUGCCUCCUUUUUUAUAGUGCAUAUUAGAGCCACUGUUCCAGUAUCCUCUCCUGAGCCGAGCGUACAUCUGUUUGCCUGCUUUCAGCUCAGAGUCAGAGAUGACACUCCCACUGACAUGAUUGCCUCUAAGCAUCAGCUGCAACACAACUCUCUCACACACACAAGGACAGGUUCCCUACCUUAUGGUCUAACACACAGGCAGUAACAAACAUACCCAGCCAAUUGCUUCCUUUUCUUGGACACCCAUGAUGGAUCACUUGUUCACUGCAGCUACUAAUCAAGGGUGAAAAGGGUGGCGGUCACACACCUGGGCCCUGAAGUGGAGUCAUCUUCUUCAUUCUUUUUUCUCUUUUUUUUUGCCAUUGCUUGUCUGAGGCUUGCCCUCACAACUGUUUUUUUUUAUCAUUAGGCAAAGUCUUAAUAGCAAAUGAAUGGAAGUUACAGCUGAGAACUAGUAACAUGCAAAGCAAAAUCCCAUAUUUUGGCUUUGCUAGGUAGUAAAUCAUUUAAUUUUUUUAUUAUUAUUAUUAAGAGCUAAAAAUAGUUUUCUAUGCCUAUUGCUGUCUAUAUGUUCGAGAGCUGAAUGGGAAUUUAUGCUACUACAUCAUGUGAAAUCUCUGGCCCCGUCUGAACCACUAAUUAGCUGAAUUCCCCUCAAAACAUAAAGCUUUACUAAUUCCUGUUUUGUUUUUUUCCAGAAACAGUUUAAUUCAGUCUGUUAAACUAAGCCCAAGUCUGAAUUUAUGUUGUAUUCACCAAUAAAUAGAAAAUAUAUUUUUUAUCCAAACAUAAUGGUCAGAUUUCCGGUUAGUUAAUUAACAAGAGCUGAUGACCCAGGGUCUUAGAUAAAAACAUUUAAUUGAUUAUUGUCAAUUGCAAAUCAACAAUGAAAACGUACAUUUACA